GGGGACUCGAGGCGGCAAAUCAGAGGCGCGCAGCCCCUCCCGAACCAACUUGGGCUGAAGUUGUGCUGCGAUCGCUCAUUCAUUACCGCUGGGGGUCUCUUUUCUGUUUCCUCCUUUUAGGACUGGGAGCGUGCGGCAGUUCCAGGACGAGGUGGGAUCCUUACAGGACUGAGGAGGACGACGACGACGGAGAAGAAGAAGCCCCCGGGAUUUUGUUCGUCUUUCUUGCGGCUGCCCCUCGCUGGAUAUGUUCCUUGGUGCUUUUCUGGCCUUUUUUCCCUUUUGCUGGUGGCUUUCAUGGGAGGUGAAGGCGCGGAGCCGCUGCGCUGUUUCGGAGCUGGGCGCGAUGUCCGUGAGGGAGAUCUGACAUGUGUGGUCAAGUGUGGGAGAUACCUUCAGAGAGAAGUCAAGCGGAAUAUUUAGUGGACCACUUCAAACUGCCAUAGUGAUUUACACGUCGGAAGAGAGAGGGAGAGAGAGACAGAGAGAGAGACCCCCAUUUCCAGAGCGGAAUGUGCUUGGAAUGAGAGCAGAGGAUGGAAAUUAUUUGGGAAAUAUUUGUCAUUCUGCAAGCCAAUUUCUUCGUAUGCAUAUCCGCUCAGCAAAAUUCUCCCAAAAUCCAUGAAGGUUGGUGGGCAUACAAAGAGGUGGUCCAGGGGAGCUUCGUCCCAGUUCCAUCCUUUUGGGGCCUUGUCAAUUCAGCCUGGAACCUGUGCUCUGUGGGAAAGAGACAAUCGCCGGUGAACAUCGAGACCAGCCACAUGAUAUUUGACCCCUACCUGACCCCCCUGAGAAUCAACACAGGAGGACGGAAGGUGAGUGGCACGAUGUACAAUACGGGGCGGCACGUGUCCCUCCGCCUGGACAAGGAGCACCUGGUCAACAUCUCGGGAGGCCCCAUGACGUACAGCCACCGUCUGGAGGAGAUCCGGUUACAUUUUGGCAGUGAGGAUGGCCAGGGGUCCGAACACCUGCUGAACGGUCAGGCCUUCUCUGGGGAGGUCCAGCUUAUCCACUAUAACCAUGAGCUGUACACCAACGCCACUGAAGCUGCCAAGAGUCCCAACGGCCUGGUUGUGGUUUCCAUUUUCAUGAAAGUGUCGGAGUCUUCAAAUCCAUUUCUAAACCGCAUGCUGAACAGAGACACCAUCACGAGAAUAACGUAUAAAAAUGACGCCUAUUUACUGCAGGGCCUAAAUAUUGAGGAGUUGUAUCCAGAAACCUCGAGCUUCAUCACCUACGACGGCUCGAUGACUACCCCGCCGUGCUUUGAGACGUCCACCUGGAUCCUGAUGAACAAGCCUGUGUACAUCACCAGAAUGCAGAUGCAUUCCUUACGACUUCUAAGUCAGAACCAGCCGUCUCAGAUCUUCCUCAGCAUGAGUGACAACUUCCGACCCUCCCAGCCUCUCAACAACCGUUGCAUCCGAACCAACAUCAACUUCAGUCUCCAAGGAAAAGACUGCCCGAACAACAGAGUGCAGAAGCUUCAGUACCGAGUGAACGAGUGGCUCCUAAAGUGACAGCUCUUGGUUAUGGUGGGCUAUGGACACACUGCUAGUCAUAAUCGAGACGACGUCAAUGGCCUUCCCAGUGGGAUUUGGAUUUGUUACGGUAUAUUGAGCUAUCUUGUACCAUAAAUACAGAGAGCUCGAGAUCUAUGUGUGUGUGUGUGUGUGUGUGUACAGGGUAUAUCCAUAUCUGUAUCCUCACACACACACACACGGACACAGCACAUAAAACACAAUCAAGAGAUAAACGACUGUAACUUUGCACUCCCGGCAGACGGACCCUCACCUCCUGCUGUACUUUUCAGUGACGAAUGAGCCGCAGGGCCGCCCGCCCGCCCGUUACCUUUUGAUACCUUUCAACGGGACCCCCUUCUUUCGUUGCCUCACCGCUGACGCAGACCCCAGCAGCGCGACUUUUUACAUUUGUACAUACGGACGCCUCGCCAAACUGACGCGCCUGGGGGUGUGUUCGGGGUGCCAAGUGGCGCCUUCAUCGCUCCAUUCACUUCAUCAGACAACAAGGGCAUGCGGACCUCGAAGAGCCAGGAACUCCCACCCAUCUGUUUAUCGAAGACCCCGCCGGACAUCUGUGUUGAACGUGAGUGUCGGCCUUGUAAAUAUUCCGAGAGGAGUGAC